CCUUGACAUCACCGCUUGUACCUCUUACCUUUAUCGAAUUUAAUUGAUUCCAUAGCAUAAUCGUAGUAACCUACCAGGCGGGAAAUAUAAUCCUGACCAUGAAGAAAAGGAAAACAAGGCGUCAGCUUCUGGCGGAGAAAGAAGCCGUUGCCAGAACUCUGGUCGAGCAAGCAAACUCUGUACCAAACCCCUUGGAAGCUUUAGGCUUUUUUAAUGAAUACGUGACUAGUAAAGAGAACGAAGUUAUCAAAAUGUCUUGUAUGAGGGCAAAAGACGCAACGGCCGAGUGUACGUCUUGGAUUUUUGAUAUAAUGGAACGAAACAUGAAAGCUCUGUAUGAGCAGAGCGACUGGGGUUGGCAUCCACAUGCCAAGCAAAAGGAAUUAACAGAAGCGGAGGCUUGGUACUUAGUAGCAUCUUUAAAUGAUGAAUAUGUUGGAUUCUCUCAUUUUCGAUUUGACACAGAUUACAGGGAAGAAGUCUUGUAUUGUUACGAAAUACAGUUGGAAUCUUCUGUGAGGAGGAAAGGACUUGGCCAAUUUAUGAUGACAGCUCUCGAGUGCAUGGCAGCAAACAACAAGAUGCGCAAAGUAGUUUUAACUGUACUGAAACAUAAUCCAUCGGCUAUACAGUUCUUUUAUUCUGUUGGCUACAAGAUGGACAAAACUAGCCCGCCGGCAUCGGAACAGGUGGACUACAUCAUUUUAAGUAAGGCCGUUGAUACUAGAAUAAUGAACAGAAAGCUAUAUUUACUUAAACGAGCCCAAGAACAGACCAAAGAUUCUGCGCCCUAAGACCGCGUUUUAUGGAACAGAAUUGACAAUAUUUGAUGCGGACACAAAUGAACGAUAGGCGAUUUCAACGAUGGUCCUACGUUGUGGAAUGUGAGAGGAGCUUUACUGAUAACCCAGUCAUUUAUGUAAUUAAAGAUUUUUGUUAAAUCGA